GGUGCGCGGCCGGGUGCGGCGCGAGGGGCAAGUGCACCAGGCCCGCUGCGCACCCGGCUCCGCUCCCCGCUGCGCUGCUGGCCGCCCGCCUUGGCCUCCGCCUGGGGAUGAGGUGGGAGGCGCUAGAAGCCACUUAGCUACAGCCUGGCGCCCGAUGCGGCGCUCGCUCGCUGCCCACGCCACCGAAGCGCCCGCCAGGCACAAUGCAGCACUGAGGCAGCGGCGGCUGCGGCAGCGGCGCGGGCUGGGAAAGGGCGGCCGGGAGCCCGAGCCCGGGGCCGGGAAACGAGCAGCUGAGCGCCGCCACCAUGCAGGCAGUGGCGGCCGCGUUCUUCUGGCUGCUCUGCGUCUUGGGGACCUACCCCCUGGCGCGCUGCGGUCGGGCAGGAGACGCCUCACUGAGAGAACUGGAGAGGGGGGACGGAAACCGCUUCCUGGAGCGCCAGAGCACCGUACCACUGCGCCUCAUCUACCGCUUGGGCGGCGAGGACGAAACUCAGCACGAGCAGCUCAACACGCGGGUGCGGGGCGACCCUGGCGGACGGCAGCCUACUCACGUGGACAAGGCAAGCUUCCGGGUGGACGCCUUUGGAACCUCCUUCAUUCUCGAUGUCCUGCUGAACCACGAGUUGCUGUCCUCCGGUUAUGUAGAGAGACAUAUUGAACACGGAGGCAAGGUCGUGGAAAACAAAGGAGGAGAACACUGCUAUUACCAGGGCCAGAUUCGAGGAAACCCUGCCUCCUUUGUUGCCCUGUCAACAUGCCACGGACUCCAUGGGAUGUUCUAUGAUGGGAACCACACAUAUCUCAUUGAGCCUGAAGAAAAUGAGAUGUCCCAAGAGUCUCAGUUUCACUCCGUGUACAAAUCCAGGCUGCUUGAAUUUCCCUUGGACGACCUUCCAUCUGAAUUUCAACGCAUAAAUAUCACUGCCCCCCAGUUUACACUGAAGCCGAGACUAAAGCGGAGGAAAAGACAGCUUCUUCGAUUUCCUCGGAAUGUAGAGGAGGAAACUAAAUACAUUGAACUGAUGAUCGUGAAUGAUCAUCUCAUGUUUAAAAAGCACCGGCUUUCUGUUGUAUAUACAAAUACCUAUGCGAAGUCUGUGGUGAACAUGGCGGACGUGAUCUAUAAGGACCAACUUAAGACUAGGAUAGUGCUGGUUGCCAUGGAAACCUGGGCUGCUGACAACAAGUUCGCCAUAUCUGAAAACCCACUGGUCACCUUGCGUGAAUUCAUGAAAUACAGGAGGGAUUUUAUCAAGGAGAAGGCUGACGCAGUCCAUCUCUUCUCGGGCAGUCAAUUUGAGAGUAGCCGGAGCGGGGCGGCUUAUAUUGGUGGGAUUUGCUCGCUGCUGAGAGGAGGAGGCGUGAAUGAAUUUGGAAAAACGGAUUUAAUGGCAGUUACACUCGCUCAGUCGCUAGCCCACAAUAUCGGUAUAAUCUCAGACAAGAGGAAGUUAGCGAGUGGUGAGUGUAAAUGUGAGGACACCUGGUCCGGGUGCAUCAUGGGAGACACCGGGUACUAUCUUCCUAAAAAGUUCACUCAGUGCAAUAUUGAGGAAUAUCAUGACUUCCUGAAUAGCGGUGGAGGGGCCUGCCUGUUUAACAAGCCUUCCAAGCUUCUUGAUCCUCCCGAGUGUGGAAACGGCUUCAUUGAAACCGGAGAGGAGUGUGAUUGUGGCACCCCUGCGGAAUGUGCCCUUGAAGGGGCAGAGUGUUGUAAGAAAUGCACCUUGACCCAGGACUCUCAAUGCAGUGAUGGCCUGUGUUGUAAAAAGUGCAAGUUUCAGCCUCUGGGGACCGUGUGCCGGGAGGCAGUGAAUGACUGUGACAUCCGUGAAAUAUGUUCAGGAAAUUCGAGCCAGUGUGCCCCCAAUGUGCAUAAAAUGGAUGGAUAUUCGUGUGAUGGUACUCAGGGAAUUUGCUUUGGAGGAAGAUGUAAAACCAGAGAUAGACAAUGCAAAUACAUCUGGGGGCAAAAGGUGACUGCAUCUGACAGGUACUGCUAUGAGAAACUGAACAUUGAGGGGACUGAGAAGGGCAACUGUGGGAAAGACAAAGACACGUGGACACAGUGCAACAAACGGGAUGUGCUCUGUGGUUUCCUUCUAUGCACAAAUAUUGGCAACAUCCCAAGGCUCGGAGAGCUCGAUGGUGAAAUCACGUCCACACUGGUUGUGCAGCAAGGAAGGACAUUAAAUUGCAGCGGGGGACAUGUGAAGCUUGAAGAAGACGUGGAUCUUGGCUAUGUGGAAGAUGGGACGCCCUGCGGCCCUCAGAUGAUGUGCUUGGAACACAGGUGUCUUCCCAUGGCUUCCUUCAACUUCAGCACUUGCUUAAGCAAUAAAGCAGGCACUGUGUGCUCAGGAAACGGAGUUUGUAGCAAUGAGCUCAAGUGUGUGUGCAACAGGCACUGGACAGGUGCCGACUGUGGCACCCACUUUCCUCACAAUGAUGAUGCUAAGACUGGCAUCACCCUGUCUGGCAAUGGUGUUGCUGGCACUAAUAUCAUAAUAGGAAUAAUUGCUGGCACCAUUUUAGUGCUGGCCCUCAUAUUAGGAAUAACAGCCUGGGGUUAUAAAAACUACCGAGAACAGAGACAGUUACCCCAGGGAGAUUAUGUAAAAAAGCCUGGAGAUGGCGACUCUUUUUAUAGCGACUUUCCUCCUGGAGGCAGCGCAGACUCAGCAUCUAGUUCUAAGAAGAGGUCUGCUUUUCUGUCGCAUUUUCAGAUUUCCACCUGCUCCAUCACACAUUAUUCCAUUAGUCAGAACAUUUCAUUAUUUUGCAGCAGGUCAAAUGGACUCUCUCAUUCUUGGAGUGAAAGGAUUCCAGACACAAAACAUAUUUCAGACAUCUGUGAAAAUGGGAGACCCCGAAGUAAUUCCUGGCAAGGUAACGUGGGAGGCAACAAAAAGAAGAUCAGAGGGAAAAGAUUCAGACCUCGCUCUAAUUCAACUGAGAGGGAGCCCCAAGCACCUGAGCCUGGGCACUCCCUCGCCCAGACAUCCCCAGGCAUAAGCCCAGGGGGCUCUGACAGCCCCCAGACAGGGAGUCUGGAUCACAGCACCCAAGAUGGCCAACAUCAAGAAAACAGGACCCUGUCACCUGCCAAGUCUCCUUCUUCAUCAACUGGGUCUAUUGCCUCCAGCAGAAAAUACCCAUACCCGAUGCCCCCGCUUCCGGAUGAGGAGAAGACGGUGAACCGACAGAGUGCCAGGCUGUGGGAGACAUCCAUUUAAGAACAACUGUUUACAUGUGACACAUCGAAACUGUUUACUUCUACUUUUAUAGAAACCCAGCCACCCACAAUCACUGCAAAUCUGCAUCUGCUUUUCGGACGAUUUCAAGACCCUCUUGCGAUGCCAGAGGAGAGGAAGCCACGGGUCAUACCUGGAUAGCAUACUUUCUUUUUCUUUUUCUUUUCUUUUUCUUUUUUUUUGUCAUUGGCUUAAGGUUUAACCAAAUGGUAAAGAGAAUUACUGGAACGUCACGCUGCAACAUGGAACCAUUUAUGGCCUGGCAUUGAUAUGUUAAUUGAUAAUCUGCAUGGCAGAAAUAUGUAGACCAUCAAUAAAACUAACCCACACGACCCAACGUUAGCAGGUUUUCCCGAGGGGACAGAAGUGGAUUCAGAACUGAGCAUUCUGAAUCACAUCCUCAUUGCAAGCAGUAACGCCCGUAUGCAUGAAGCUUCUGUUUAUCGUUUUCCAUAUGCAAGGAAACAACCUCUCCUAAUAGAAACUAGCAUGCAGGGGCUGAGGCAUAUAGGACUCUUCUGCAGGACCGCAGGACUGUAAAGCUUCCAGAAGCCAAUAUCCCAUAUGCUACCUUUAAACAUGUAUUUUUAUUUUUUUUUACUUUUCAUAUUUAUAUUAGCAUACAGGGACGACUGUACAUAUGUAAACAUUUUUAAAACUUAAGAAGUAACUGUUAACCGUAAGUGUAUUUUUUGCCAAAUGCCUACAAACAGUCAGUCACGAUCCUAUCGCUGUCCUCCAUCCAGUGUCUUCGAAGUAUAAGUGGAUGAUAUUGUAAAUAGAGUGGUCAGUGCUGUAAGAGUAUCUCUCCCCAACCGGUGUUUGUCUAAAACGUGCAAUUUCCCUUUUCAAAGUGUGUACAGUCUGGAAGAGGUUUUCUUGAGCAAGACAUCCAAAUGCUCAAACUUCUAGCCUCUGCAUCUUGCCGAAGGAAGAGUCCAGAUGUGAGGUAGCCAUGCCGCUCCAGGACACCCUGGAGCCGACAGGCUCUCUGGGAUUCUGCCAGCCCAUCCACUCCAUAUCUAAGACACAUGGUGCCUGUCACAGUAGCUGUUCUCAACCAGUACCAGGGCAUAUCAACUAAUCUUACCUGGAGGUCAUGGAGUCCCCUUCUCUCCAGAAAGUGUCUUCUGUGAUUGGCAAGAUGUACCAAAGACAUGGAGCACAGAGUAGAGCGUUCCCUCUUGACCAAGGCCUGAGGCUUGUCUGGUCUGAAGUUUGGGUUCCUUGACAGAAUCCUUUUAGCCAUUCUUAUAUGUGAAAGGAAUGACUUGCUUCCACAAUUUUAACAUGUUUCAUCACUAGGGUGUAAAUCCCAGCAGGUUGUUCUGUCUGGCUUUGAACAAGAUGGUGUACGGAAGCCUGAACAAGGCAUAAAAAAAUUAAGUAAAGCUACACAGAGGCAGUGACUGCAAAGGUAACCAUAAGCCCGCAGAGGAAAGAGCCUGUGUUUUGGGCCCUAUAACCUUUGAUUCACUAGAAAAAAAAUGAGUAUUUUAUGUGAAAUCUUGUCAUUUACAACGAAACAUUAAUACCUGUUUCAAUGCAAUGUUCAGUGUUCAAUGCAAAAAGAAAGUCCCUCUAAUGAGAUCUGAGGUUGGGAGGCCCAGUCACGUGACCUCCUACGGAACACUCUUCUGAUUUCCCUCUUCUUCUUGCUGUUUUAUGUGAGGAAUGAAAUCAUCAGACAAGAACUCAGAAAUGGACUCUACAUUUGAUUUCUUCCAGAUGCGUCCAGGGACACAAUUUGUUCCAACUCUGUGUAGAAUUGUCCUAGAUACCCAAACUGAAGGGACAGGCUAGAAGGCAGUGGUAUAUUCAGCUCAUGUCUUUUGCAAUGGUCCACUCUUCUAAAACACUCUGAAGGUGUUAGGAAACCAAUUUAAUCAGGCAAAAUUAAACAGUGAAAAACCAUUUUCCAUGACAGGCAAAGAUAUAGGUUGCCGAUGGCUCAAUAAAGCAGUCUCAGAUAAAGGCAUGGAUGAGUGUUGAACAAUGUCUCCACAUAGCUUAAGGUAAGGACGGAAGGACAGACAGAUGACGGAUGAAAAAGAUGUAGCAAAAUGAAGUGACUUUUGGACAAGAACACUUCAAAUGUGCACUGAAUGUUUCUUGGUAUCGAGUGUAUAAAAGGCUAAUGUAAUAUAAGGUUUAUUUUGGCUACAGAAGAAAAAAGUUUAUAUAGCUUCGAAUGAAAGGUGCCUCAUGUAAAUAUGCCGUGUAGUUAAUAGUUCGUUAGAUAAGCUCUAACCUGAAAGAAUUCACAAAUGGUUAGCCAGUGAGCUGGUUAUCUGUCUACCUACUGGUCUUUCCUUACCUUCUCAGUUGCUUUCACCUGGAGUUAUGAUUGAAAAUCAAUAUCAUUAUCAUGUGCCUUUGGGGAGAAACGGUUGCUCCGGCUUGUAAUCAUCUUCAGAUGAAACAGGAGGAAAAGGCUUUGCUUAACUCGCAGAGUGAUUUUAGAAAUGUAACGGCUUUAGUGUUCUAAUCUGGGUCUCUGUCUUCCAUGUCUGAGCAUUCUUAGAGUUGUUUGUGGAAUUCACAGACUUUAGUCUUGAUGGGUAGCCUCGAGAAGUAUGCGUCAUUCCAUUUAACUACACGUGACUGCAUUCACUGAGGUAGACAGAGUAGACCUGUGGAAUCAAACCCAAGCACAGUGACUAUUUCAUCCUCAAAUGUGUAUUUUGAAGAGGAACUUUGAGGCUCCACGGUGGUUUGAAUCGUGCGACUAAUAUUCGUACUUCCCAGUGUGGUGUGGGGUCAUCACUACACAGAGAAGAAAGCGAUGUGUUCAUUGGAUGUCGUUUCUCUUUCUCAUGAUCUCGGCAUCAAAUAGGACUGCAGAUAGCCCGGAUGCCGGAGAUGUCCCAUUAAGCAGAUCAUUUCUGUUCCAAUGAAAAGGAACAUCCAAGUCUUUGCACUGUGUUAGCAGGGGAGGCCUGCAGUAGCAGAAUCCUUAAAGAAUGAACUGGCCAGAUUCACUCUUCCCGGGCACUUUCCUUAGAUGCAAGUCUUCCCCCGGAAUAAGCGAGAUAGAAGAUGACUCAUGCACAGUCUGCAGAGGGAAAUCCGUGCUGCUGAGAUGGGGCGGCAUGAAAUUUCUUAGUGUUCUGCAGUGCCUGGCUUUGAAGAACAAAAGCCAAUCACCCCAGGCCCCUACUUAGAUGCUAACUGACAAGUAACCUCUUCACAGUUACCCAGCAAACAUUACUGGGGAUAGGAAACCAGGGCUUAGGAUGUUGUCUUAGCAGGUAAGAGGGGUGCUCUUUUCACAUCUCCUCCUGGCUCCACAAGGCUUUUAGAAUAACGUUUGCACAGGUCAGUCCAAUGUAGUCUUCAUGCAUGAGAGAUUGGUGGCAUGUCUAAAAGAAGCCAGUGUGAAGAUAAAAUUAAAUAUUCUCUGUCCUCCGCGGGCAUGGAUGGGGAGUGGAAGAUGGCUGUGUUUUCCAGCACAGAUCCACAUGCUUUCCCUCUGUUAAACACCUUGCGUAUCUGCCUGACUUCAUUCUGCCUUUUGCCCUAGACUUCAGACUUUCUGUAGUGACUCUACCUGUUGCCCUUUUCAGACUUUGUCUUCUUCUUCUUCUUUUUUUUUUUCUUUUUGUACCCUUAAGCCAGGCAAAGUGUGAUACCUCUACUUGCUUCUUGCAAAUUUCAGUUUGUCCACUUCACUCUGUGAGUUUUCUGUUGCCCUAUAGUCCCAUCUUAACCUUAGGUCUAGACAGUGCUUUAGAGAAGCCCUGCUCUGAAGAUGAGAUUACUUUUUAAUCUUACUUAGAUGCAAAGGAAGGGAAGGCUGUUUGGCAGGUUGCAGCGCAUAAAGAGAAGGGGACAGAGUCUGGAACUGAUGGGAGGAAGGAGAAGCCAGGCCUAGCUGCACAGCCACGCAGGGCACCGCUGGCUGCUGCUAUUGGCUGCCAUGUUUGAAGCAUUCAUCUGAGCAGUGGCAAGUUUGCUUGAGCACUGAGACACUUGGACUCCCAUUAGCAGCACAUUCUCUACGUCUUAUGCUCCUCCUUGUCUGUUUUGUUUUCUUCUAUAGCUGUCACCUGCUUCCCUUCCCUCCCCACCCCCUGCCUCAAAGGCAGUCAAAUCUAAUUUUUCAUUCUUAUUCUACUAGCUCUGUGUGAAAAGCUGACAUUUCUGUAGAAGAGGGCCUAAUUGGGGGGCUCAAGUACUGAGUUUCUUCCUGUGGGAUAGUUAAGACUACGCUGACUUCAGAGGCAGGGUCCUUUCUCUGGGUGUGGGAGCACAGGGGACUGGGGUUCUAGACUCGCCUUAUUGUAUUGCAGAGAACUCAGUUGACGUUUGUGAGAAGAGCUGAGGCAGGAGUCCAUCUGGCUGUGUGUGAGCAGCGUGCGGUAAAAGUGCCUUGGCCGCUCCCUGUUGGCACUUGGCUUACAGCAUAUGCUCUUCAGGACAGACACUUUCAGCUCAAAGAGUUUCCCUAGCACAGCUGCAGGUACAGAACAAAAUUGUCCCAGACUUGGAGAGCAGAAGGUAGUAUUUCCAUGCCUAUUUUACUCAUGGUUUUCUGGUCCUCAACAUGGAGCACCUAAAGUCCGGCAGCUGAAAAUCAAAACUUUUAUCGGACCAUUAUUGGUUCUGUCCUUCAAAUCCAUGGCUAUUAUAUUGGAUGGCUGCAUCGAGAACCUUCCUACUCCCAAAGUUCCCUGUUCGGGAUCUGUGCAGCACUUUUCCUCUUGAUCAGAAGCAUCCCCUAUCAUACAGAACAGGACCUUCUCGGGCUAAAAUGAGAAUUGGGAGAACCACAGGAACACAGAGCGGGGGAGGUUGUCUUUCAUUUCCUUUCAAUAUGCUGGUCUGAUUGUGCACCUUGGAAAGUCACUAAGAGAUGGCUCUCAGGGUAUAAAUCUCAGGAAGUUAAUAAGCAGCACAGAGUUUUGAGAGAUCCUGGGUCAUUUCAUCCCAGCCUAGGAGCACAGUGGCCAUCCCACACAAAGCGUGCAGAGGACUCAGGAAGGUCACCAGCUAUGCUGCAGGGAACUACUGCUGCCAAGAGCACACAUGGGCUUUGCAGUUUUUUGUAGUCUUGCUUUGGAAGUAUUUUACUGUCUGGUGUCCCUUGCAUUGUUCACAGACCUGUGUCAUACUGGGAGGGGCUUCAGAAGCAGUAGGUAGCCUGUGGGAUCAAAUUCAAGCAAAAUGCAUUUUAUUGUUUCAUUUUACGAAAAGGCAUACAGUGAGACAAAGGAGUCUUUGGCCACCAGUUUCUAUGUUCAUGAGCUAGUCUCCCCGACAUGUAUGAAGAUGCAUGUGUAUGCACAUCCUGCAUUCAACUUACAACAUUUUGGGUCAUGGUUUGUUUUGAUCGUUGAGUUUUAAAAUAAUGAAAAUAUCCCAAGUCUUUAAAUAUAGCGGUGCUAAGUUUUAUCAGCUAACACAAUCCAGAAAGUGCUGAAAUGAAUUCAGACACUUAGAAGUAACACAAGGGUUCCUGUUAAAUUAUACACGUGUAUCACUGCCUGAUUUGAAACCCCACUUUUCCUUUUUAAUCCAGCACAAUAUCAAACUGUGAUUCUAUAGCUCGUCUUUUUAACGUCUACAAAUAACCCAAAAUCUUUUUUGUUUUAUGGAAAACUUUUCUUUUUAACACUAACUGCAAAGUGCUUAGCAAAAGGUUCCUUCUGGAUAACAGCAUUAUUAAUUAUUAUUAUUUAUUAUUAUUAUUAAUUAUUCCUCCUUCAAAUUGUUGGAAGACUUGCCCCUCCAAACAGGCAUUUCCCAAAGACAGUUUUCAGAAACUUCACAUUUCACCUAACGAAAGCUGUUCAUACGUUAGUCUGCAUUAGGUCUCUGCCAAUGUUUCCCAGGUUCACGGCCCCCGAGGGGUGAUGGCCAUCUGUAGAUGAUAGAAACCACCCCAUGCGGACCUGUGAAUAGCAUCAGUGUGGUUCACUUUGGGUAACUGGGUACUCACGUGUAUAUACUUAGAUCUGCAUCAUUCAAACCUCCUCUCUGCUACUCUGCACGCACUUCCAGCUCUUACGCUAUUUUAAAGUUCACUGGGUUUUGGUGAUCACCAACAGAAGUGUAAACGACGAUUGCUUUCAUGAGCAGGCGUGAUUUGUUUUAUGGCUGUUUAAGUUACAAACUUGUUCUCAUAUUGUAGGUGAAUCAAAAGCCUUUCUGUUUUUAAAAGGUCACUGUAACUCAAGAUUAAAAUUUCUCGCACAACUUUAUUAGUGUUCACUUCUGAAGCUAAUAAGACAACGGAGUUUUCUAUGUUACUCUCACUGUAACAUCGACUAAGUGACUUUCAAUAAAAGAUUUCUGUUAUUUUGA